AUGCCCAGGAUAGGGGCAGCUGCCGAUCUUGCCCCCUUGACGAGUGGCACCUUGAGAGAGCUCUGCUUGGAUUCUCUCACCCAAGUGCCGCAGCAGAGCCGCCGCGUGACGGAGGCAGCCCUGCAGGUCCAAGGCUCUUCAGGGCUUUGCCCCCGAGCCAGAGAGAGAGAGCGCCCAGACCUGCGGCAGUGGCAGCAAGGGCCACUGAAGAAGAGCACGCCCGGGAGGAAGCGGCAGCCCUCUGCUUCUUCAGUGGAGCUGGGGAAAGUGCAGAGGAGGCGGCAGGGCUUGGAGCCCCUGACCUCGGAGGAGAGGCUGAAGAGUCUCUGGGACUUUGCAGACCUUGUGCGGCGCUGCGCAGACGAGGGAGGAUUUGAUGCCGCCACCCUGGACGAGACGGGGACCAUGCUGUUCUUCAGAGGGGACCGUGUCUGGAAAGGGUUCCACAGCCCCGCCCAGCCCAUCAGCGCUUCCUGGCCUCACGUCCAGGGCCCGGUCGACGCUGCCCUGCGGAUCCACCACCUGGAACACCCGGAGAGUCAUGACAACGUCUACCUCUUCCAGGGCAAGCGGGUUUGGGCGUACGCCCGCGGCCAGCUGAGGGAUGGCUACCCCCGCCUCAUCGAGGAGGAGUUCAAAGGGGUGCCCGGGGACCUGGAUGCAGCCGUGGAGUGCCACCCGAAGGAGUGUGCGGUGGAGACGGUCCUCUUCUUCAAGGGCCCGCACGUUUUCUCCUACGACCUGAAGACGAAGGUGCUGAAGGAGCGGGCGUGGCCGGCCGUGGCCAACUGCUCUGCGGCCCUCCGCUGGAUGGAGCGCUACUACUGCUUCCAGGGCAUCCGGUUCCUGCGCUUCGACCCCGCCACGGGCGAUGUGCCCCCUCGCUACCCGCUGGAUGCCAGGGACUAUUUCAUGCGCUGCCCGGGGAGAGGUGAGUCACACCAAUACGGGGAGCCCUCCUGGCAAAACGCCACCCGGCGGGGCCCCUACGACCGCUGCAGUGGGCAGCCCUUCCAGGCCUUCUCUUCCGACGACUCUGGGCGGACCUACGCCUUCCGCGGGGGGCUGUACUUCCGCCUGGACUCCCACCGGGACGGCUGGCACGCCUGGUCUCUUAGCCACGCCUGGCCCGACCUGCAGGGCGAGGUGGAUGCCGCCUUCAGCUGGGAAGAGAAGCUCUAUCUUUUGCAGGGUCCCCAAGUGACCAUCUACCGGUCGGGCCCUGGCUACAGCCGCGUGGAGGGGUACCCGCGCCCCCUGCAAGAGGAGCUGGGCAUCGCGGGGGUGGACGCUGCUUUCACGUGCCCUCGCUCCAGUGACCUGUACAUCAUCCAAGGGAAGACCCUGCGGCACGUGGACCUGCUGCGGGGGUCAAAAGGCCUGGGCCCGGCGGUAGCCAUUCCCCACGCCCACGUGGACGGCGCCCUGUGCAACGGGGACGGGGUGCACCUCUUCCACGGACCCAGCUUCUACCACUAUGCCAGCGUGAAGGAGCUCCAGGCUGCCGCAAGCCCUCCAGCCGCCCAGGACACUGCGGCCAUCUUCUUCAAGUGCCCUGCCGCAGGAGGCGACGGUGCUCCUCCCCACGGCCCUCCGCGCCAGGGGUGAAGGGUGGGCUGUCUCCCCUCUGCGGCUGACUUUCCCUUCUGUAUCCACACUGAGACGCCAAUAAAGCGGGGCCCGU